GUCAGCAUAUCUGUCGAGCUCGGUGACUUAAGGUUUGUGGUCCUAAGCAGUUACAGAAGCUCGCUCAAUAUUUGUAAGUUAUAAAGCAAAGCACUGCCUGGCGUUAUGGACAUGACGUGUUAAAUUAGCAUAAAAGACCCAGCUGGUUGGGGAACCUCCUGAGGGGGUAUCAAACAGUGCGUCACAUCCUGGGAAAAAAAGAGGAGCGAUUCCCAUGGAAUCAAGAUGUAAGCGCAUCUGCAUUGGGUGGCAUCAAUUAGAAGACAGCUGAGGAGAAAUGAUGACAUUGCGCUACAGGUGAAUUCAUCUAUUCAUGCUCUUUCAGGCUCCGUGCGUCCUGCUACAACAAAAUUGGCGUCCUCACACGAAUACGAUGAAACAACACUGCCUGAAAGUAGUCACGAGAGAGGAAAUGCACGCGCAACGAAGGACUGCAAGAUAAAGCAGGAAAAGUUGUUCCGCGCGCCGAGACUUCACUAUUCAAGAAGUGUUGGACAACCCAAUGUGCGCAGACUUCCUGUGGGAUAAAAACACAGUGUAGAAGAGAAUUAAGGUAUUUUCCUUGAACCGAACAACAAAGUGUGGAACAUGGCUUCGGAGGAAACGGGUGGCAUGGCGCAAACCGCCACCGUUAAACUAUCAGAGAUGGGGGAAAGAACUAAACAGUUAGGAACUGCGAUCCAGGACCCCGAGCGACAAAGAAGGAUUAUUCUAGUCAUUGUAUGUGUGGCACUUCUUCUAGACAAUAUGCUUUACAUGGUCAUCGUGCCAAUUGUGCCCGAUUAUUUAGCGCGCUUAGAGAGCGAGUCAGAGCAGGUGCGUGUAACUGCUAAUUCUUCAACCAACAGAACGCAAAACGAGAACUUUGAUGUACAGAUCGGCGUGCUUUUUGCCUCAAAAGCCAUUGUGCAGCUUAUUGUCAAUCCUUUGACAGGAACUUUCAUAGACCGUGUCGGCUAUGACAUCCCUCUUUUCAUUGGACUCAGUAUCAUGUUUGUCUCGACAUGCAUUUUUGCCUUCGCCGACAACUACACGACUCUGUUCGUCGCGCGCAGUCUGCAAGGGCUCGGCUCGGCGUUCGCAGACACUUCUGGGAUUGCAAUGAUCGCAGACAAGUUCACAGAGGAGUCAGAGAGAAGUCGCGCGCUGGGCAUUGCCCUCGCGUUCAUCUCGUUCGGAAGCCUGGCGGCGCCCCCGUUCGGAGGGGUACUGUACGAGUUCGCGGGCAAACGCGUGCCGUUCUUCGUGCUUGCCUCUAUAUGUUUGGCAGAUGGUAUACUAUGCUUGACUGUCCUCAAGCCCUUUUCCAGUAGGACAAGAGAGAAUAUGCCUGUUGGCACCCCAAUUUACAAACUAAUGAUUGAUCCUUACAUAGCAGUUGUGGCAGGAGCUUUGACCACAUGUAACAUCCCACUUGCUUUCCUGGAGCCCACCAUCGCUAACUGGAUGGAGGAGACCAUGGAUUCAUCUGAGUGGGAGAUUGGGCUCACCUGGCUACCGGCAUUUUUUCCUCACGUAUUAGGUGUUUACAUGACUGUAAAGCUGGCAGCCCAGUACCCACACUUGCAGUGGUUUUAUGGGGCGCUUGGCAUGGUUAUCAUUGGUGCCAGUUCUUGUAUUGUACCGGCCUGCAAAAGCUUUGAGCAGCUGAUAAUCCCCCUGUGUGGCAUUUGUUUCGGUAUUGCACUGGUAGACACAGCUUUAUUACCCACACUUGCUUUUCUCGUAGACGUCCGCCACGUGUCUGUAUACGGCGGUGUAUACGCUAUUGCAGACAUCUCCUACUGUGUUGCCUACGCGCUGGGUCCCAUCGUGGCCGGUAAAAUAGUGCACGAUCUCGGUUUUGUGCAGCUUAAUCUGGGCAUGGGUCUGGCGAACGUACUUUACGCACCAGCCCUGCUUCUGCUGCGCAACGUGAGUUUAAUGAAACCAUCUCACUCUGAGAGAAACAUGUUACUGGAGGACGGAGCCACAGGUCUCUACGACACUAUCAGAAUGGAGGAACGCCAAAGAAAGAAGCACGGCUACAGUUCAUCCGGUAACUGUGUGCCCAUCGACGAGAACGGGACAUUUGCUGGACAAUCAAAGUCAUUUUCUGAAGAACAUACGUCUGAGCCAGACUACAUAUAGUCUGAGUCGUCCAAGUUCAUCUGUUACAAUCAUGUUAGAACCUCUGCUGAAUAUAAAUGUUUUUUUUUUCUUUUGCAUUCAGUCAUUUACAUGUUAAUCAUUGUUCGUAAUAAAACCAUUGGUGAACGGCAUACAAGGAUUCAAUCUAUUUACUGAAAUGAUGAGCUCAAUAUUUUUUUUUCUCCAAUAGAAGAAACGUAAAAAAUAAUAAAAAUAAUUUCAAUGUGUAGUAUUCCGCUGUAUUAAGUUGUAUUCAGGGAUAUAAAUAUGGUGCAAACAUAUUAAAUAUGAAGAUGCGUGUGUACGUAUUAAAUGUCACCUGACACCUUCAAAUAAAAAAAUGAUGGAACUUGUGUGAAUCCUGCCUUUUCAGUGUCUGUUUCAAGCAUUAAAUGUUUAGGAUGUAUUUCUGGAAUGCAUUACUGUAUAUUACGGAAUAUAAUGGUGUCCAUAUGUGCAUAUAUAAUG